ACAGUCGAGCUCGAGCUGGUGCACACACGCGCGCACACUCGCCAAGGAGGAGCGGCAGCAGCUAACUGUGCUUUAAAAAAAAAAAAAAUUAAACAAACAAAAAAACAAAACAGUUUUUUUGUUUGUUUUUUUAUAAAGAAAGAAAGCCGGCGUGAAAAAUGUCGCAGAGCUGAAUGAGCGCUAAGCUCGAGCUUCGACAUUUUGUUUUUAACUUUUUUUUUAUUUAUUUUGUGGGACGAAAUUUACGCUGUGGCAUGCGCGAGGUGGACUAGCCAAGAGAGAGAGAGAGGCAACACGCUGAGAGCCGGGAGGGAUAUUUACAACAGAAACUGUGCCUUUAUUCAGAAGAAGAAGAAGAAGAAGAAUAGCAAGAAGAAGAAGAGGAGUGAAAAAUAAGACUGGAAUGAAGAGCUCGGGGCUCCGCGGCGGAGUGAACUGAUGGAUGAACGUGGUCAUCUGUAGGCGACAGGUACCAGGAGCUGCAGGUCACUUCCCCCCCGCACAGACCGCUGAAGGACAGAAGAAGAAGCGGGACAGAUGUAUCUUAUACCGAGCUCUCAUGCUCCCGACUGAUCCGAGCUCAGCUUUCCACCGGCCGAAGUGCAGAUAAAGAGCCCGCUCCUCUCCCCCCCAGCCCCGGACUCUCUCUCAUCAUGGCGGGCCCGUCCUGUUGGAAGCAUUACCUCUGGAUGUGUAUUUUAAUAUGCAGGUCUGCGCUGCUCUCAGCCAGGUCUCUGGAGACCAUCAUCUGGAGCUCGCAGAACCCCAAAUUUCUUCCUGGAAAAGGUCUCAUUAUCUACCCAGACAUUGGGGACAAGCUGGACAUCAUCUGCCCCAAAGCGGACCAAGGCAGAGAUUAUGAGUAUUACAAGCUGUAUUUGGUGAAGCGGGAGCAGGCGGAGAGUUGCAGCACGGUCCUCGACCCAAAUGUGCUGGUGAACUGCAACAAGCCUGAGAAAGACAUCAAAUUUACCAUCAAAUUCCAGGAGUUCAGCCCCAACUACAUGGGCUUGGAGUUUAAGAGGAAUGACAACUACUACAUCACCUCCACCUCCAACGGCACGGUCGAGGGACUGGAGAACCGGGAGGGAGGCGUGUGCAAGAGCCGAGCCAUGAAAGUCAUCAUGAAAGUCGGGCAAGUCCCCAAUGCAGCCAACCCGGAAACUCCAGAGGACAACGUCAUACCAGAGGCCAGUUCCAGUCCGCCUGAUCAGGGUCCAAUCGGGCCUGUGAUGCCAGGAACCUCUGACUCCAUGAACCAGGACCCGGCGGGGCCCCCUUCCAACACGGACGGGUUCCUCAACUCGAAAGUGGCUGUGUUCUCCGCCAUCGCGGCCGGCUGCGUCAUCUUUCUCGUGCUCAUCCUCCUCCUCAUCAUCCUCCUCAUCAAGAUGCGCAAGCGCACCAGGAAGAACACCCACUCGCAGGCCCGCCCCUCGGCGCUGUCGCUCAGCACACUGUCCAAUCCCAAACUGCCGGGCGGCACAGCCGGCACUGAGCCCAGUGACAUCAUCAUUCCUCUGCGGACAGAGAACAACUACUGCCCUCACUACGAGAAGGUGAGCGGCGACUAUGGCCACCCAGUCUACAUAGUCCAGGAGAUGCCUCCACAAAGCCCUGCCAACAUCUACUACAAGGUCUGACACGCCUCGCACAGCCAGGAGAGGGAGCAACGAGGAGGGCCUGAUUAACGUUCUGGGGAAGAACACUUCCCUUUGCAUUAUGGGGGCUUGAUGCCCCCGAUCUUUCUACCACCUGCUGCACAAAUCUGGAGAAACGCACUGACCAGUAACCAGCGGGGUUGCAAGCGGACUGAUGAGAGAGGUCUGUUCUGUUUGUUUGGGUUGUCUGACAAUCCCCACCGCAUUUCCUCCCCCUCCUGCCUUCACCUCCUAUCUGCUCCCCUGCUGACAGACAGAAAGGGGCGG